GCGAGAGAGAAGCAUCUUUCUCUCUCUCUCUCUCUCUCUCUGAAGAUGUUUUCGAAAAAUCAUUUUCUUAUCAAAAACAUGUAUGCACAGUGUGUCAUCUACAUAUGUGUGUGAAAAUAUUUUAAUAAUGACAUAUACAUAUUUAUAAAUAAAUUAAUGAAACAAAUUAUGUGCGACUGAACAGUGAUUUUAUUGACAGUCGAAAAAAAGAUAUGUUAUUUUAGUUUGCUAAAUGGGCGUGUGUGUAGAUGGUAUAGUGUUCGUACAAGAUUGUGUGUGCUUUCGCACAAAAAGAAACAUUCAGCUUUUUUCUAAAUCUAAAUUGUGAUCACGCCAUCACGAGAGUAUUGUAAUAAGUAUCUUACUUGGGAAAGAAAAGGAGUAUAAAUCGAUACCGCGGAUCGUAAUUACAUAAGAGUUAUGCGCGGCAGGUUUCGGAAAAUGCGAAAUUAUUCGGAUAAUUCAGUUUAUCAUUCAUUUGCAUCCUCACGACACUUUGGCAAUAACUCUCGGAUGUGAUGUGCGUGAACGCAAUUUUCUCAAAUCUUUUCACGAAUUUUCUGUCAAAUGUCGCAAGGCUGCAUCAGUGAACUGUCACAUCACCCUCGUAAAAUUUCAUGAAUAAUUCGAAACAUUUGAAGAGAGACUGAGGCCUCUUGUUUGUUGAUUAGAGAUUAGAGUUGCCGAUCAAUACCGAUGAGAACUAAGGUUUCUCAGUAAUCUGAUCACUUUGACAUCUGUCCAUCUCAUUUUUAGAAUGGAGCCAGACACUAAAAUUCCUUUGCCAUUAGAACCUAUAAAAUCAAACCAAGUCGAGGAUAGACGUUUAUGGGUAGGAAAUUUGGAUUUAAGAAUUAAUGAAAAAACUAACUCUCUUUUCGUCAAUUGGUACCAACUCCUGAAACUUGUCCAAAAAUACGGCACAAUCGAAAAGUUCGACCUGCUGUUUCAUCGGUCGGGGCCUCAAGCUGGACAGCCAAGAGGAUAUGCAUUUGUUACUUACAAAACAAUCCAAGAUGCCAACACAGCAAAGGAUGCUUUACAUAACUUGAAAGUUGGAGCUAAGAAUAUUAUAGUCAGAUGGGCACAUAGUGUUACUGAGUCCGACAUGGAGAAACCAAAGCCAAAAAUAGAUAUUCCUGCCUUAGCUGGUGCAAAGAAGGAAGAUAAAAAAAUAAGUCUUGAAACGGCAAUUCAAGCAAUUGAAGCAAAGCUUAAAAUGAUGAAAGAAUCAGAAGAGGAAUUUGAGUUAAAUAAACCGUUGGAAGGAUCGCCCAUUAUACAACUUUAUCAGAAAGCAGAAAAUCAAAAACCGUCCACCUCUACACGUUACCAUAGCCGUGGGAGCUACUAUCAUCAUAAUAAACCAUAUAAUCGUCAUAAACCGAGAAGAUAAUUUAUAUACAAUCAAAUUUCGAAUAUUUUUAUAUAUUUUUAAUUUA